CAUGCAAAUCAAAUCGACAAAUAACAAACCCUCGAUCCUUGAUCACAUACAAUUUUUCAUCAAUGGCGACCGUCCUUCCAUUAGCGAUUGAGACAGAAAUCCUCCUUCUUCCUGCCAAAUCCAUUCAACGCUUUUCAUCAGUCUGCAAAUCAUGGCAUUUCUUAAUCACAUCAUCUUCUUUCAUUUUUUCUUACAAUGAUCACUCUUCUGCAAACUCUAAAUUUCUCCUCCUUAAACAUCCUCACCCAGUUCCUUUACUCCCUUCUUAUGUCACUUCAAUCCAAUUUUCUCUAUUUAAUGACUCUUUGUCCGAACUUUCAACCAUUAAAGUUCCUCAAGAAUUACCCACGGACCAAGAAUGUGAUACUAUUCGACCCACAAGAGUUGAACUUGUUACUUCCAACUCCAUUAAUGGAGUCCUUUGUAUUCUUGUGUAUAUGGGUUUUUUUAGUGGGAUUGAUGUGGAUUGUGAUUUGUUCCUAUGGAAUCCAUCAACAAGUGAGAAAGUGAAAAUCCCGAGUUCUGAGUUUACUGGGCUGUUUUCUGGGUCUUCAAUGGAAAUAAUGAAAUUCUAUUGUGGGUUGGGGUUUGGGUGUGAGGAUUAUAAAGUGGUUAGGGUUGUGUAUUUGGAUGUCGCGCAUUGUACGGUAGAAAUUUAUUCUUUAAGGGAGAAUUGUUGGAAGUGUUUGGGUAUGGAUUUCUGUUCAGGCAUUUUAUCGAACACAUUGUGGGCGAACUCAACUUGUACGUUUGUCAAUGGGGUCGGGUAUUGGGGUUGUCAUAGCAAUGAAAGGAAAGAUAGAUUCUUUGUAUUAGAGUUUGAUUUUGAAAAGGAAUGUUUUAAAGGGAUGGAAGUACCAGUUGAGUGUGUUACUGGUGGAGAAAUGAGGUACCAAUCUUUGUGGGUUUAUCAUGGGUUAUUGGCGAUUUCGGUUCUUCGUUUUGGUGAAUUUGAUUCUAGUAUAACUAGGCAUUACAUUUGGGGGAUGAAGGUUGAUAAGGAUUCUGGUACAUAUCAAUGGAACAAACUGUUUAAUAUUGAUCUAGAAGGUGGGCCUAGAAGGCCUAUGGUAACUUUGAAGGGUGGAGAAUUGUUGUUGCUUGGAGAGGUUUAUGGUGAGCAUACUUUAUAUGAUCCUGAAUCGGAGGAAAUUAAGAGGAUUGACAUAUUUGAUGUUGAAGCUGUAGUUUCUUAGGUUGAAAGUCUUGUUUCACUUUCUCAGCUGAUGCUCAAGUAG